AUGCCCGUCGCCUGCACCGAGUGUCGCGCCCAGCACCUCCGCUGUGACUUCAAGAAGCCAACCUGUUUGCGCUGUGCUGAUGCCCGGCUUGCCUGUGUUUAUCUGCCCUCGCGGCGUGGAGGUAGACGGAGGCCUCGAGCCGGUCAUGGUCGACACGAAGCUGAAGGACUCGUGAUGCCCAACACCACUGUCCACCCCCAUGAGGAUCGUUUGGCUCCUUCACCGGGUCCUGGCCAUGCUAGUGCUCCUGAAGACUCUCCCCAACCACCUCCAGUUGUUCCCGACGCCCGGCUAGUCUGCCUGUACUAUGAGCACUUCCACUCCGCCCAUCCGAUCCUCCUCCCGCCCCGUCUGUAUGAAGCCCGCAACUAUCCCCGGUAUCUGCAGCAGGUCGUCAAGUUCAUCGGCAGUCAGUACUCGGCUGUUCUGUCCAGCGACGCGCUUUCAGAAAUCACCGCGCUCGAAAUGAGCAGUAGCGUCGAAAGAACGCCCUGCAUGGUCCAGGCUCUCCUGCUCUACUCCAUCAUUCUAUACGCCCGCAACGAGCACCACCAAGCCGAGCUCUCCCUCUCCCGGGCAAUCGACAUCGCCCUGGAGCUGGGCAUGUACACCGGCACCCAGGAAGCAGGGCAUGAAGCAGAGAGCCUGCGCCGGACAUGGUGGGAGCUCUUCAUCGUCGAGGUCCACACUGCAGCCCUCACUCAGUCCCAGCCCCAACUGCGCUGCAGCCAAGUCCCAUACAACGUCCCGCUCCCAUGCGAGGACGCGCAGUAUGCAUCCCCGUCUCAAGACGCCAUUCCCAGCCCACCAAGCCUGGAGUCCUUCGGCAUGCGCUUCUUCACGGACGACUCCGACUCCGACAACGAGGACACAACGCCCGCGUACUCCUCCUACGCCUACCGCAUCGAAGCCGUUCGCAUCCUCGCGCGCACCCUCAUCCUCAACGCCCUCCCAGACCCCCAAGCCCACCCAGACCACCUGCAAGCCGUGGCAAACGCCAUCACCAGCUGGACGAACCACCUCCCACCAUACAAAGCCACCGUCAUGGACAUGUACGGGGCCAUCGACGAGAUGCUCUUCCAGGCCCACCUAACCAUCCACUACGCAGCCAUGCUCCUGCACCUCCCCCGCAGCAACCUGCGUCUAGGCCUGAACCUCCUAAACAGCAACAGCGCCAGCGACAGCAGCAGUGCAGGCGCCAGCGCGCGCGCCAGUGCCAUCUGCCCAAUCCUCCCAACAGCCCGCCCCUCCCCGUCCCUAACACGGCAAGUCCACGACGUCAUGGCCACCGAGGCCUCAAAGACACUUACAAGCCUCCUCUCCGUCCGCACAAGCGCAAGGGGAUACUCCCCCUUCACGGUCUCCAGCCUGGUCGUGUCGGGCCUCGUGCAGCUCGCGACGAGCGAGCUCCACCCGCCCGCCUGCGCCGACCACCACAAUAACCGCGUGCUCCUUGUGCUGGGGUGUCUGAAGCUGCUGAGGAGCAGCUGGGCGCUUGGGAGGGAGGCGCACCGGGUGCUUAGGCGGGCUGCGGCGCGGACGAUUGGGAGGGCUAAGGGGGUGGGGGGUUCGGAGAAAGGUCUUGGUUCUGGUGGUGGGAGUGGGAGUGGUACCUGGCUUGCGGCUACGCCUACCCCCGCAAAUCCGCUCUUGAUGUCGCCGGCUGUGGCGACGCCGAUGUUCUUGGGGCUGGCUGAAUUCGUGGAUCCGACCUGUGGCGAUCCGUUCCUGUUUGAGCGGGUGUCGGUGUUUGGAGGGGGUGAGCUGGGAUGA